AUUAUUAUUUCUGUUGUGAUGGCAUACGGGGCGUGAACACGCUUAAAGAGACUGUUUAAGCCAAAAUAUCUGUUAAAUUAAGUUUGUUUUGGUAAUGGCUAAAAGUGAAACUAAACCAGUGUCUGAUUCUUAUAUGUACGUGAACUCUCAUAUCUGAUACGUAAUCAAACUAAUUCAUAAAUAGUUCGUGUUUUAGAGUUUGUACGAAUUCUGCUUACGGUUAUGUCAAUCACGUAUGGGAUGUAAUCAGACAUAGCUGUGUUUUGCCAAAGUGUAUGGGUCAAGCAGCUGCUGUGAAGACAUGCCUGCAAAAAAGAAAAACGCCGUUCCUGACAGAUGGACAGACUAUACAGCAGUGGGUAAACGGAUCCCUGGAACUCGCUUCAUCGCCUUUAAAGUCCCCUUAAAACCGUCUUUCAGAUAUCAUUUAACGCAAUCAGAAGCCUUUGGACCGUUUGAUCUUGUGCAUAUGUUGGAGAAGGAAGGACAAGAACUGGGUCUCAUCAUUGAUCUGACCUUCACAACUCGCUAUUACAAAGUAGAGGAUUUGCCAAACGCAUUGUACCACCUGAAGAUCUUCACAGCAGGGCAUGAAGUGCCAAACGAUGCCACGAUUCUCAGCUUCAAGAAGGCUGUCAGACAUUUUCUGCGUGAGAAUGAAAACAAUGAUAAGCUGAUUGGUGUUCAUUGCACGCAUGGUUUGAAUCGCACUGGCUAUUUAAUAUGUCGAUACCUAAUCGAUGUUGAUGGGAUGAACCCCCAAAAAGCGAUUAAUUUAUUCAAUGAAUCAAGGGGACACUCAGUUGAGAGGCAGAAUUAUCUUGAUGACCUGAGGACAGGGCCCAAGAGAAGUAAUGAGGGAAUGGAGGAACCAGACCAAGAACCCGCCCAGGGACUUGCAAAUGAGCCACAAGAUGAUGAUGCUCCUCCUCCUCAUCAUCAUCAUCGAAGGGAACAGCAUAACCAAGAUCCUCCUUUUAAUGGACAAGAACCUCACCAAUGGCACAGGGAACCCCAGAAUCAGUUUUUACCGUUUCACCAGAACAACAUGACUUGGUUCGGACCACCUGAGCACCAGUUCUUCCGUCCGCCCUUGAUUCCUCAUCCACCGCAGGGCGUGAGACCCUGUUUUCCCAACCAGAGCGUCAGAGGAUUCCACUUUGGACAUUAUCCACCUCCGCUUCCCUCCUACAGGUUUGGUGAGCCUGAGCCAUGCCACAAUCCACACACGCCUCCAGGGGGAUCCACGAGACCUCCAGGGCCUCACCGAAAACCUCGAUAUAGACACAGGAAAGGUCCGAAAGAUAGGACUCCUCGAUGAAACAAAGAGACUUCACAUUUUCAACCUAAACUGCUGGACUGUGCUUUUUCUAAACACAAGCUGCUAGUCCAGUGGUUAAAUUAUUCUCUCUGUGGAGGAACUGUACUUUUUCUUCGAGGGAGUAAGUGAAUUUGGUCUCCUAAAGAUGAGCCGUUUUAUUAGACUCUGCUAGCUAAUAAUAUUACUACUAAGUUUUAUCAUGGUUAUCUGUUAGUAGGUCAUUUUAUCUAGCAAAUAUAAU